CAAGUGAUUGUCAAUGUCAAUUUGUCAGAAAAAAUAAAAGAAAAACAGUAUUUUAAUUUUUUUUAAGCUAAGAUGUAAUUUAAUUUUGCUAGAGAAAAUAAUAUAAAAAAUGUUGUAUUCAAAACUGCACACAAUUCUAAGGAAUUUUUCAUCAACUGUAAAAGGCAAUCCUGCUGAGCAAUGCCGCUUCGACCAUGUAUUUUCAUUUCCAACUGUGAAAUAUAUUGCAUUAAUAAACAGACUGAAGAUAUAUCAACUGUAUGCCACCGGUUUAGUGAUUCCUAGUUCGGGUUUAAUGGAAUUAUGCAAUGUUGUAUCUGAGAAUACCUUUUUCAUUUCCUCAUACAUAGGUUUAACAGGAGCAGCAGUACUAACUUUAGGAACUUUUCCAUUCAGGAAUAUAAUAGGUCAUCUCUAUAUAAGUGAAGAUGAUAAGAAAAUUAAAAUAUCCUCAGUAGGAUUUUCAGGGAAGAGAAUAGAUCGAAUCGUUGACGUAGACGACUGGAUACCUUUACUAGAAAUGGAACCUAAAAAGACAGAUGCAUUAUUUCUUUCACCACAACUUAGAGAUGGUACAAAAUAUAAGCUAUUUAUAAAAUUUGGUGUUGUCAGAAAUCCAGCAAGAAUGAGCCACAUUUUAGAAUAAAUUUAUACUUUGAUAGGUAUACAUAUGUACAGUAGUAGGAUUAUUAAAAAUAUUUAAUUUAAAACAAAUAAAACUACAUCAUUUUUA